UUCCAUCAAAAUUUCCUUCCUCUCUCUCUCUCUCUCUCUCAAACUUCGCAUCACCAACAACAAUGGCGUUAGCAUCUCUCCGAAAACUAACAACCCAAUCCCAACCUCGUCUCACCUCCCUCUCCUUCCUAACCCAAUCCCCAAUCCACCGUCCCUCCUCCACCAAAAAAGUCUCCGACCGCAUCGUCCGUCUCUCCGCAAUCGAUUUCCAAGGCCAAAAACACUCCGUCAUUGGCCUUACAGGUCAAACACUUCUCAAAGCCCUAAUCAAUACUGGCUUAAUCGAUCCCGAUUCUCAUCGUCUUGAAGAGAUCGAUGCUUGUUCUGCUCACUGUGAAAUUAACAUCGCUCAAGAAUGGCUUGAUAAGCUUCCUCCUAGGAGUUAUGAUGAAGAGUAUGUUUUGAAGCAUAAUUCGAGAGCUAGGGUUCUUAAUAAGCAUUCUAGAUUGGGUUGUCAGGUUCUUCUUAAUCAUGAUCUUCAAGGUAUGGUUGUUGCUCUUCCUGAACCUAAGCCAUGGGAUACUUCUUAGUUUUUUAGGGUUUUUUGAUGUUUUGUUGUUGAAAUUGAAAUAAUGUUAUUGACUGAAUGAGGUGAAUUUGUUGAACCUUGUUGUGGUUUAUUGUUGUUAUGUUUAUUUUUGAAUUUGAUGAUUAUGAUGAAACUUUUUUGUGAUUUGAACUAUUGUGCCGGUGAUUGGCAAUGUCAUGUUAUUAAUAACUAUUUGCAACUUUGUAA